UGAAUGCUCUCUCUCUUUCUGUUUUUCUCCGCGCUCGUGUUCGGCCGCCUACGCAUCGAUAGAUACACAGGCUCGAAAUUAAACACAUGUGUGUAGCGGACGUGGCGCGCGAGAACCACGUUGCUAUAAGGAUUAUUUUUUUAUAUCUCUUUAAGCUAUAGGAUAAAUAAAUCAACAAAAUGUCGAAACUAAUGGUACUCUACGAGCACGCCGCUGGCUACGGCUUGUUCUCCGUGCGAGAAUUCGAGGAGGUCGGCGUGCUGCUGCCCCAGGUCGAGGCCUCGGUCACCGAUGUCUCUCGAUUCAAUCAGAUCGUGAAAUUGAUCAGUUUUUCGCCCUUCAAAACGGCCGUGACCGCUCUGGAGAACAUCAACAGCGUGUCCGAGGGCGUAGUGCCCGAGGACUUGCAAUUGUUCUUGGACACGAAUAUAACGAAGAAGAAGAAGACGACAUUGGGUGUAGCAGAACCCAAGCUAGGUGCCAGCAUCACAGAGGCACUGAAAAUUAAGUGCGACCACACUGGUGCCAUACCAGAAAUAAUCAGAGGCAUUCGUGCGCACUUUGCCAAUUUGGUAAAGGGUUUCACAGCCAAGAGCGCUGGCAUUGCGCAGCUUGGUCUGGGACACAGUUACUCCAGAGCCAAAGUCAAGUUCAACGUUCAUCGUGUUGACAACAUGAUCAUUCAAAGUAUCGCUUUACUCGAUCAAUUAGAUAAGGAUGUCAACACUUUCAGUAUGCGCAUCAGAGAAUGGUAUGGUUAUCAUUUCCCAGAGUUGGUUAAAAUUGUCCCAGACAAUUUGAUGUACGCCAAAGUAGUCCAGCUCCUUAAAAAUAGAAAAGAAUUGACUGAUGAAAAAUUAGAAGCUUUAGAAGAAAUUAUUAUGGAUACAGGAAAAGCCAAAGCAAUAAUUGAUGCAUCAAAAUCAUCCAUGGGCAUGGAUAUUAGCCCCAUUGAUCUCAUUAACAUUGAUAUGUUUGCUAGUCGUGUCAUUGAUCUUGCUGAAUAUAGGAAAGAGAUCGCUGAAUAUCUUAAAUCAAAAAUGACUGGUGUAGCACCAAACUUGGCUACAUUGAUUGGCGAUCAAGUAGGAGCUAGACUUAUUGCUCACGCUGGUUCUUUGACUAAUUUAGCUAAAUACCCAGCAUCUACUGUACAAAUUCUUGGUGCUGAGAAAGCUUUGUUCAGAGCACUCAAGACUCGUGGAAAUACUCCAAAGUAUGGACUUCUUUUCCACUCUACAUUUAUUGGACGCGCAGGCACAAAAAAUAAGGGUCGCAUUUCGAGAUAUUUGGCCAACAAAUGUUCGAUAGCAUCCAGAAUUGAUUGUUUCUCCGAAAAUCCAGUUAACGUUUUUGGUGACAAAUUACGCCAGCAAGUUGAAGACAGAUUGAAAUUUUACGAAACAGGGGACAUCCCUAAGAAAAAUAUUGACGUGAUGCAAGAAGCUAUUGAGGAAGCUGCUUCUAAGGUACCAGCUAAGGAAGAGAAAGAAAAAAAGAAAAAGAAGAAGAACAAAAAGAGGACCAUUGAAGAAGUUGAAGCAGAGUCUGUUGAACAGGAGUCUGUUGAGCCAGAAGCACAAGAUGAAGUGGAAGAUGUUAAACCUAAAAAAAAGAAAUCGCGAAAAUCUACAUCGUGAAAACUUUAUUCGAUGCCCCCUUACUGCUAGGAACCAGUCAAGGGGGCUAUCAAAUUAGUAUUAAGGUCUAGUUAUAUGUAUAGAUUUCGAAGAGAUUUAUUUUUUUUUUUAUAUAUUUUUUUGAAAAAAUCACAAGGUGCAUUGUACAUCAUACCGUGAGCAUUAGGCAUUGUUAUUACUUUCAACAAUUAUUCUUAACUUAAUUUCUGUUUCGUUCACAUACACAACAUUGUUUUUCAUCGCAAAGCUAUAGAUAGUUUAUCGUACUUCAAUUCUGCAAACUUUUUUCUCAACUACAAUAGCAACUAGGCCUGAUACUAACGCGUACAAUCGACACCAAAAAAAAUCUAAAAAAAGCAACAUAAUCUCGUUUAGUUUCAUCGCUUCUCGAGGUUACUGGUGAACACACCUACCAGGGAUAAGUGUGGGUAUAUGACGACAUUUUUUGAAAAACGUAACCGCGGCCUAUCGUUCCCGCGUCUCGACGCGGAUGUGGAUAAGUUGCUCGCGGUAUAAGUUAGCAUAUAAGUCGUAGUCAUAAGUUCAAUUGAGUCUAAUCGAGACCGAAGCCCAAAUUCGAAUUGGAAGAAAGGAUUGAAAAUUUCCAACUUCCAUUCUGGUUUGCGGAUUCUCGGUGAAUCGAAGCGAUUUAAGUAGUGAAGACGAAAUGUAUAAAGUAUCAUUAUAUUGUAGACGAAAAGUAUAAAGGAUCAUGAUAUUUUCCAUGUCAGUUGUACAAAACUGUUAACUUGAUGUUUUAGAUUUAUACAAUGUAGGGAGUUAUGAAUUG